CCCUCCCGAAGUCAUGACAGCUGAGCCGAGCAGAGCAUCUCCAUCCGCCGCCAUUACUCCUCGGCCCGUGCCACUUCUCCGGCAAUAAAUGCAGCCGCUGGCGCCGUCCACCCACCACCAUCAGAUCUAGCGCCCCCUCGCCGCGACGGGACGAGAAGGAAACGAAGAAAAAUCACCACGCCACCAUCCACAUUUACUCCCUUCCACCCCACUCCACCAGGACUCGACUCUAGCUAGAGCUAGUCGUUCGAUCGACCCACCCCACACGCGCACGCCACCGAUGCCAUUCCUCCACUUUCCCACUGCAAAAUCAUCUCGGCCGCCGCCGCCGCCGGUACCGCUACCCUCGCCAUGACGACACCGUCCCUCCUCUCCUCGCUCGCCACGCUCGGCCUCGGCUACUCCAUUGCCAUCGCGCUUGGCUUCCUCGUCCUCCUCGCCUCCGUCCUGCUCGCGUCCUACUUCUGCUUCCGACACGGCGAGGGCGCGGGCGGCCACUUCGCCGGCGCCAUCACGCCCACGUCCAGCUCCAGCCACCUCUCCAUCACCGUCCCGCGCGUGCUGUUCGUCGCCGAGGGGUCCGAGUCCCCCGAGGCCUACUCCUCGGCAGCCGCGGCCGCCUCGUCGCCAGUCGGGCUCGACCUCGCUGCCAUCGCGUCGUAUCCCAAGGCCCUCUUCUCCAGGGCCGCGGGCGGCGACGCCAUGUGUUCGAUCUGCCUGUCCGAGUACAUGGACGGCGUGAUGCUACGGCUGAUGCCCGAGUGCAGGCACAGGUUCCACGUCAUGUGCCUCGACGCCUGGCUGCGCAGGAGCGCGUCGUGCCCCGUUUGCAGAUCGUCCCCCAUCCCCACGCCAGUCACCACGCCGCUCGCGACGCCACUCUCGGAGCUCGUCCCGCUCUCGCAAUACGCCGCUGACCGGCGGCGCAGCAGCAUGAAGAAACCCUUGCAUGGCUUCGUCUUGCAUGGCCUUUACAGGCGCUGUGGAUCCCGGUGGAUCCCGGUCCUUGCUGGUGGGAGGGGUUUGUGUCCUGCUCAAAAACACAUAAAGACAAGAAGGCGGCGGUGGCUCCCUGAAGUUGAAAUAAGGUUCUUCCCGUCUAGCCUCCAUUAUUAUGGUGUUUCUAGCGCCAUCGGAAGGUUGGAUUCUUCUGAUCUACACUUCUCUUCAUCGACGGCGGUUGCUGUUCUCGUGUGUUGA